GUGGUUGUGACGUCACGUGCGCAGGAGGGUGCACCGAGCCGCAUGUUGGUGAGCAGACAGCGCGAGCCCGGAGAGAGGAUGCGACGUGGCGCGUGGCCCUGCUGAAUCUCCCGCAAGCCAAAAUUCCUUUCCAGCUGGAUCCGUCCUCACCUGGAGGCCCUUGACUCCCAAGAGCUCCAGUCUGAUGCUGUUGUCCGUUCAGCAGAAGCAUGGGGAACGCUUCCAUCAGGUCCAAGUGCUGCAAGAGCACCGAAGGCUCUGUUUCCACGUCCACCAAGGACCAGCAGGCCAAACAGCCCACCCGGGAUUCGCUCAGGGUCCGAGUGGAGGAGCUGGAGCGAGAGGUCAAGUUGAAGGACGAGGAGCUCGGGGCCAGAGAGCAGCACAUCAAAGCUCUUCAGGAGCAGCUCGCCAAGCAGACGCAGGUUCUGUCUGAGCUGAGCGAGGAGCUUCACGCCAAGAGCAUCACACUCAACAUGCUGCAGGACGCCAUGAGGAGCGAACCCUCCACCGGGCUGGCUUUUCGACCCGCCUCUGUGAGAGCCAGCGGGAAGAGCAGCCCCAACCUCAGCGUUCGCACCAAGGACACUCCCAACAGGAGAAAAGGGGCUAAAUCCGGGGUGUCGGCCGAGCCCACGUCCAGCAGCCUGCAGAAGUUCUCCUUCGAGAAAGCCCGGGUCCCAAAGGAUGCGAGUGUGAAGAAGCUGCUGACCGACGCCCUGAACAAGAACCAAUACCUGAGGAGGCUGGAGCUGCAGCAGAUCAAGGACAUGGUGGAGUGCAUGUACGAGCGCAACUACCAGCAGGGAGAGUGUGUCAUCAAGCAGGGAGAGCCUGGAAACCAUCUGUUCGUCCUGGCAGAGGGCAAACUGGAGGUCUUUCAGCACAACAAGCUGCUGACAUGGAUCACGGUGUGGACCACCUUUGGCGAGCUCGCCAUUCUGUACAACUGCACGCGGACCGCAUCCGUGCGAGCUGUGAACAAAGUCAAGACGUGGGCUUUGGACCGGGAGGCUUUCCAAAACAUCAUGAGGAGGACAGCAGAGACCCGACACGAACAGUACCGCAACUUCCUGCGAAGUGUUUCCCUCUUGGCCAAUCUGCCAGACGACAAACUAAGCAAAAUAGUUGACUGCCUGGAGGUGGAGUACUAUGACAAGGGAGAGUACAUCAUCCGAGAAGGAGAAGAAGGCAGCACCUUCUACAUCAUCGCGCAGGGAAAGGUGAAGGUGACUCAAACCACGGAGGCCCACAAGCUUCCACAGAUCAUCAACGCGCUGCAGAAGGGCGACUACUUUGGAGAGAAGGCCCUGGUCAGCGACGAUGUGAGGUCAGCCAACAUCAUCGCUGACGACAACGGGGUGGAGUGCCUCGUCAUCGACAGAGAAACAUUCGAUCAGACUGUGGGAAACUUCAAUGAGCUACAGAAGCACCUCCAAGGUUACGUGGCGUCCCUGGAUCGAGACGACAAGAAGAGGCACCUCAAGAAGUCGGUGUCACGCCACCAGAGUCAGUCGCUGUCUCCGGGCUUCAUGCAGCUGAAAGACAUGGUCUCGCUCUUUACCUCGUCCAGGCCCUUCCAUCAUCUGGAAGUUAUUGCCACUCUUGGUGUUGGGGGGUUUGGCCGAGUAGAACUGGUGAAGGUGAAGGGCGAGGACGUCACCUUUGCCCUGAAGGCCAUCAAGAAGAAACACGUGGUGGAGAACAAGCAGGAGGAGCACAUCCACUCAGAGAGGAGGAUCCUGGCAGAGGCGCGCUCGCCCUUCAUUGUGAGACUGUAUCGCACCUUCAAAGACAGCAAAUAUGUCUACAUGCUGCUGGAGGCGUGCCUGGGUGGGGAGGUGUGGAGUCUUCUCAGAGACAGGGGGAGCUUUGAUGACCCCACUGCCAAGUUCUGCAUCGGCUGCGUCACAGAGGCCUUCGAGUACCUCCAUCGCAAAGGAGUCCUGUACCGAGACCUGAAGCCUGAAAACCUCCUGCUGGACAUGGAGGGAUACGUCAAACUGGUGGACUUUGGUUUUGCCAAGAAGAUCAGAUCUGGCCAAAAGACAUGGACCUUCUGUGGCACACCAGAGUACGUGGCUCCAGAGAUCAUCCUCAAUAAAGGCCACAACUUCAGUGUAGACUUCUGGGCUCUGGGAAUCCUGGUCUUUGAGCUUCUAACGGGCAGCCCCCCAUUUUCUGGCAGUGACCAGAUGACAAUCUACACAUUCAUCCUGAAAGGCAUUGAGAAGAUGGACUUCCCAAAAAUGAUUUCCAAAAGACCAGAGGACCUUAUACGGAAACUAUGCAGGCGGAAUCCAUCAGAGCGACUAGGGAACCUGAAAAAUGGAAUAACUGACAUCAAGAAACACAGGUGGUUUACCGGCUUCAACUGGGAGGGGCUGAAGGCCAGGACGUUGGCCUCCCCACUGAAAAGAGAACUCAAGGGGCCGAUGGAUCACAGUUACUUUGACAGCUACCCUCCAGAUGAAGAUAGCCCCCCAGAUGAGCUGUCUGGCUGGGACGAGGACUUCUGACAGCAUCUGCUUCAUCUCUUCUCUAUUUUCCUCCCAGUUUAGACUCUGAAGAGGAAAUCUUGAUGCGGCUGUUUUUUUUGCCAACCUCACCACAAGUUCUAGAUUUAUUCUUUUCUGCAUUGAAAGUGAAUUCUCUUUUUUUUUUAUUUUGAAAAACUCUGGUCUCAGAUAUAUAUGUAGCUACUAAGUAACUCCGCUGGAGCCGUUUGGAUUAAGUGCCUUGCUAAAGGGCUCUACAGUGCAACAAGGGUGGAGCAUCUGUGACCUCCAGGUUUGAUCCUGCUGUCAGCAGGUCCUCAAGCAUGUUCACAGGUUCCUUUGUUGUUUGCUUGGUUAGGUGCAGCUGUGCCUUGGCUGCUGGACCAUGAAGGGGGUAGUUUAUACUCCAACUCUAGAGUGGACCACCCCAACGCCAUUUAUGCUGCCAUUAACAAGUCCCUCCUUUCUCCAUCUCGGUUUCUGACCUCAUCUGAAAGUAUCUCUGGGAUCUUGCAUCUACUGUUGGUCCAUGUUGUUCUGGUAUUAAUUUUGUUCUAUUGGCAUUACCUGUCAUGGUUUGUGCCUUGGGUCUUUGUCUUUGGUUUGUGCAGGUUGGCGGCUCCCUUCUUUGGUCACCUUGGAUCCCACCUGACAGCAUCUAGUCCUGCAUGUCUGCAUUUGAGGAGCUGUGUCUAAGUUUUUAGAGUUGGUGCAUGUUAUUUGGGUGUUUCUUAGCUCUAUUUCCAGCUUAGUAACUUCCUGAGGAUAUUCUGUAUGAUGCUCAUUGUUUUGUGUAUCUGGAGUUGUCCGCCAGAGCGUGAGAGUGACAGACAGAUGUCUGCUGAUCUGUGGUCCGUUGUGGUGAAGGGAGAGCUGAGUCAGGAAGCAAAGCUAGCUCGAUCUUUGUUCUGAUACUCAUCUAUGGUCAUGAGCUCCGGGUCAUGACCCAAAGAACGUGCUCCCAGAUUCAAGCUUCCUGUGCAGGGUGGCUACAUUCACAUCAGGAAUGUCCAGCACCUACAGUCGGAAGAGGCUUGGUGUGAAAUGUCAAAGUGGUGCAAAUCUGACAAAUCUUGCUCUAGAUUUUUCCUUUCACUGCUCUAUUCCGAUAUAUGAAAGACUUGGUGUGACAUAACUCUGGCUGGGCACAAACUACAAUUAUUAUAUUUCCCAAAUGAGCAGAAGAUGGAUGGAUGGAGUUGUCCACACCUUUUGAUGUCAAGUCCGUACCUUCUGGCCUUUGUUGGGUUCUGGCCUGCCCCCAUCACUGCUGGUUUAUGCUCUGAUGUAUUUCACUACCUCUUGUAUUGCCAACUUAUCUGUGCAGCACCUUGGUCAGGGCUGGCCCACCCUGGUCCUCAACCUCCACAACUCUGCUGGUUUUUCAGUUCAACCUGACCAGCUUGCUGCUGAUUGGCUGACUCAAGUGAGCCUGAUUGACUAAUAUCACCCGAUUUAGGUUGUAAGCAUGAAGCAUUCCGGGGAGAGCUGGAAAACAGGCAUGGUGUGGCUCUAGAAGAUUUCUAAGUAUUAACUAAAACAUUAAAAACUAAAUGAUGUA